AGUCAGCGCAGAGUUGCUCACACCAGCAGAGCACACUGACAAGCAGCAGAGCUGUGCACAUGUUGUGCAUUACACUCCCUUGCAUAGAUUAGCUGCUACAGUGUCUUUUUAUCAGUAGAAUGGGGAAGGAUAUGCAAGAUAUGGACCUGGAUGAUGGAAUGCAAUCUAAAAAAUACUGCAUUCGUGGCAUGCAUGUGGCUAUCAUUGUAGGAGCAGUGGUAGUAGUUGGGGUAUCUGUGGGGCUGGGGGUAGGUCUAACACGUCCUGAUCCCUGUAAGAGCAACAAUGGAGAUGUAACCACCACCACCACCACAAGAACCACUACGGUCCUUUCUCCUGCUACAACCCCAGUGCCACCAGAACACGAGGUUUGUCCGAAAAGAGAUGAUAGUAACGGAGACUGGAAAGAAUUCAGGUUGCCAACCUACAUUAACCCAGUUCACUAUAAUGUGGAACUGCACCCUGUAAUGGAACAGGACACUUAUAAUGGGACAGUGAGCAUCUGGCUAAGGCUCAGCAAAACAAGCAAACACCUGUGGCUCCAUCUCAGAGAGACCAAGAUUAUUGGGCAACUCACAUUGACAAGAGGCUCGCAACAGAUCCCCAUCCAGCAAUGCUUCCAAUAUAUACCCAAUGAAUACCUGGUGCUGGAGGCUCAGCAAGUUCUGGAUCCCAACUCACCCACUGAUGAGAAUGACACCUAUUGCUUGACCCUGCAAUUUGCUGGGAGACUUGAUGGCUCACUGGUGGGGUUCUACAGGACAACGUACCAAGAGAAUGGGGUGACCAAGAGCAUUGCGGCAGCUGACCAUGAACCAACAGAUGCACGCAAAUCCUUCCCAUGUUUUGAUGAACCCAAUAAAAAAGCAACCUAUACGAUUAGCAUUAUCCAUAGGGAGGAGUAUGAUGCCAUAUCAAACAUGCCCGUACAGGAAUCAGUCGCCCUUGGAAAUGGAUGGAAGAGGACUCUGUUUGAGAAGUCAGUUCCUAUGAGUACAUAUUUGGUCUGUUUUGCAGUCCACCAGUUCAAGUACGUUGAAAGGCUAUCAAAACGUGGUGUGCCACUGAGAAUUUAUGUACAGCCCUUACAAAAUGCAACAGCGGAGUAUGCAGCAAACACAACCAAGAUCGUAUUUGACUUUUUUGAAGAGUAUUUCAACAUGCCAUAUUCCUUGCCAAAAUUAGACCAAAUUGCCAUCCCUGAUUUUGGCACAGGAGCUAUGGAGAACUGGGGGCUGAUCACUUACAGAGAAACAAACCUGCUUUAUGAUCCUAAUGAAUCUGCCACAGUGAAUAAACAAAGAGUGGCAGCUGUGAUUGCUCAUGAGCUUGUGCAUCAGUGGUUUGGAAACAUUGUAACUAUGGACUGGUGGGAUGAUCUCUGGCUAAAUGAAGGCUUUGCCAGCUUUUUUGAGUACAGUGGAGUAGAUGCAGCGGAACCGCUAUGGAAUAUGCUUGACCAGAUUCUAAUUGAUGACCUGUUGCCUGUAAUGAGAGAUGAUGCUUUGCUUUCCUCCCAUCCAAUCAUUGUGACAGUCUCAACCCCUGCAGAAAUAACCUCAGUAUUUGAUGCCAUCUCCUACAAUAAGGGGGCAUCGAUUUUAAGAAUGCUUGAAGACUGGAUUUCACCUGAAAACUUUAAAAAGGGAUGCCAGGAUUACUUGAAGGACUAUGUCUUCAAAAAUGCUAAAACUGAUGACUUUUGGAAUUCUCUGGCAAAGGCAAGUGGGAAACCAGUCAAAGAAGUCAUGGAUACAUGGACAAGGCAGAUGGGUUACCCAGUGCUAAAUGUGGAAUCUCUCAAUACUGUUAAACAAACUCGGUUUCUUUUGGACCCAAAUGCAAAUGCAUUAGAGCCACCUUCAGAAUUCAACUACAUGUGGAACAUUCCAGUGACAUUCUAUGCAACAAACAAUAGCGUAGACUACAAUUUAUUAUACAACAAAUCCAUUCCUGCAGGGCUUUCGUUGACUCCAUUUAAUGAUGCUACAGAUGGAUUUUUGAAAAUCAACACCAGGCAUCUUGGCUUUUUUAGAGUAAACUAUGAACUUUCAACUUGGAAUCAACUGAGUGCAUUGCUAGAAGCAAACCAUGAGACCUUUACUGAUGCAGAUCGAGCAGGCUUAAUUGAUGACGCAUUUGCAUUGGCAAGGGCAGAGAAGUUGGACUACAACAUCUCCCUUGAUAUAACUAAAUACCUUGAGAAGGAAACAAAUUAUUUGACUUGGACAAGAGCGAUCUCAUCAUUAGCGUACUUAAGUGAUAUGCUGGAAGAUGAUAACACCAUCUACCCAAAAUUUCAGGAAUAUUUAAGAAAGCAAGUCAAGCCUAUCACACAAAAGCAUGGGUGGGAGGACACUGGCAGUGAUAUUGACAAGCUCCUCCGAGCUUCAGUUCUGGCACUUUCAUGCAAAAUGGGAGACCCAGACGCCCUAAACGAAGCAUCUCGAUUAUUUAGGGAUUGGAUUGGUGGCAAAAGCAUUCCAGUGAACCUCAGGCAGCUGGUCUAUCGCUAUGGAAUGCAGCAGUCUGGGAACCAGGAAUCAUGGAACUAUAUGUUCCAGCAAUACCUUACUACUUCAUUAGCUCAAGAGAAGGAAAAACUGCUGCAAGGACUGGCCUCAGCCAACAACAUUGAACUUAUUGACAGGUACCUCAAAUUAAUUUACAACACCAGCCUUAUCAAAAGUCAGGAUGCCCUAAAUGUGAUAUAUUAUAUAUCUGUAUAUAGCCAAUAUGGAAAGCAAAUGGCUUGGGACUGGGUCCGGAUUAACUGGGACUAUUUAGUAGACAGAUAUAAUAUAAAUGACAGAAACCUUGGUCGUAUCGUCACACGAAUAUCUGGAACAUUUAAUACAGCUACCCAACUUUGGCAGAUGGAAAAUUUCUUUGAGAAAUACCCAAAUGCUGGGGCAGGAGAGAUACCAAGAAAACAAGCCCUUGAGACUGUGAGAAAUAAUAUUGAAUGGGUGGCAGCAAAUAAAGAAGGAAUCAAGUCCUGGCUGAACAGUCUCUGAAAUGCCAAAGAAGAGGGAUGAGAAAACUCCUACUGGCCUAUACCAAAGGAUUAAAAAUGAAUUAUCUUGUUUUUUAAUUGUGUAAAUUCUGUAUGAGUAGUUAAAGGGAUGUUGAUAUUCACAUACCUUAAGUUUAAGAGUUCAUACAUUAAAGAUGAUAUAUUUAAUGUGUUGCUUUCAGGCUUAGGGAAGCCACCUUUAGUGCACUUUUUUCCUUUAGGCCCAUGCACAAGGGAAUUUAGCUCUAUGUUCCCUGCAGUGGAGUCCACCUGCGUUCCACUACAGGGAAGCCAUUAUUUCUUACCGGCCUCAACUUACAUGGCGUAUGUAAGGACCGAAUGCAGGAGAGCUCCACUGCUGGGGAACGUAGGGCAAAAAUGCCCAAGUAUGAACCUUCAGUUUUUUUUAUACAGGACAAAAUAGCUUUUUGCAGAGCCACCAAGAGAAUUAAUGGGGCCUCAUUUUACUUAGUCAACAGGGCUUGCCCCCACUGGACUCCCUCACCCCCUCCCCCCCCCCAUGGUGGCCUGGCUCUUUGUGCUGGCAGGGUGGAAACCCUCCAUCUGUAGAAACACUGCAAAUAUAAUGCCCCUUCUGUGUUUUUCUGCUCAGCUGUAAAUACAUGUAAAUAAUGCCAAUCUCUUCUAUGACAAGGUAAUUUAUAAUUAUAUAUUUGUGUCUUGAAAUUUUAUUAUGUCAUUUUUACAGUUGCAAUCAUAUCUGUCCAGCUCUCUAUGUGCCGGUACUAUAAUAGUUUCAAAAUAUUGAAUAUGGUGCCUUUGAUCCAGGAAGUACAAAAAGCUUCCAAGUUCAUUUUAGGUCUAUAGAACUUUAAAAUCUUACAAAUAUAUUGCACAACGUGUACUUGUUGAGACCUUGUGAGACCUAAGUUGUUUCAAAGGUUGCUUUGCAUUACUUUUUUAGAUCUUCCAGCAGGAAUAUCAUUAUUGAGAAAAUUCUGCUUCGCUUGUUCAUUUUACUACUUUUCUCCUUACAUUUUUAAUUUCAGUGAUGUUUUUAUAUAAAUUGAUGGUCAUUAAUAUAUAACAUAUCCAAUGUUAAAAAAACAAUUUUCUCAAAUAUUUUUAUUUGCAGAACACACAACUUUCAUUUUUUAGUACCAAACUUCAUCUGCCAUUCAGUUGUUCUGCUCUCUUGUAUGCCUGUUCUAGAAUGAUACAUAUUCCAGUAUUAUGUCUGGUAACACAGUACAAAAGUCUAACGUGACCUUUGAAGAAUAGUUCAAUAUUUUUUAGUUAUUGGAGUAAACUGAAACUUCUCAAUCCUGACCCAACCUGAGUUUGAGAAUGGACUUCAAGGCCUGAGCCUGCCCUGCCCCUUAAGAGGAACAUUAUCCCACCAACAAUGAUGGGGAGCCCAGCCACACAAAUGGCAGUUUCUGUGGGCAGCAGCAGCAGGCACCCAUAGCCAAAGCAGGCCCAAAUUGGAUGUCAAUCUACCCAACCCACAGAUUUCUGACCAGCCCAAACAUCACUACUAAGGACACACAUUGUGGUUUGUAUUGUCAAUUGCUCAAAUGCACAGAAAAAUGAAUUUUAAAAGCAAAUAAAGACCUAGCUUUGAUAGCAAUAAUCCAUAGGGCUAAUGUCUCUCUCCAGCUCAGUUUGUCUCAGAUCAGUAAAUUACAUAAUGGACAAUUAUACUUUUUCUUGUAGUGUGAUUCCUCACAGAGAAUGACAUGAUGAUAAUAAGGACCAGAUUUCAGUUUCUAUUCUGCAGAUUUUGACCAAAUUAAAUGUUCCUUCUUUAAAUGUAAAAACUUACUGAGUAUUACUGUUUCUAUAAAAUAAAAACAGAUCUUUACAAAUAUUUAA